AGAUCAAUGAGUGCCCAAAUCCCUAUAUACAAUUUCCCUCUAUCUUCUCCGCUGGUACAAGUUUAUCUGUGAACUAGAAAACUGAAUAAAAGGAGAUCGAUCCAACAGCAGAAUCAUUUUCUGAACAGCAUGAGUUAUUACAAUCAGUCACAACCACCCGUCGGCGUUCCUCCUUCUCAGGGUUAUCCACCUGAAGGAUACCCUAAAGAUGCUUAUCCACCGCCGGGAUAUCCUCCUCAGGGCUACCCUCAGCAAGCACAAGGAUACCCUCCUCAGGGUGGUUAUCCUCCCCAGUAUCCUCCGCAAUACGGUGCUCCUCCGCCUCAACAGAACAGCAACGCCGGUUGUCUUGAAGGCUGUAUGGCGGCAUUGUGCUGUUGCUGUCUCUUGGAUGCUUGCUUCUGAUAAUCUAUCUGAAUCCAUUGAAGCAGCGAGCAAGUUCUAUUGAUUUAAACAAUCAAAGCUCAGUGAUCUUUUUAUAUUCAUAUGCGUUUUAUUUAGUGUUCUGUCAUCUUAGAUUGAUUGAGACAUUACUUGACUGGAUUUGACUUAGACUUGACUUUACAAUUUGGAAUUCUAUUGUUUAAUGCAUGUUUGUUUUACUUCCA